AUGAGCAUCAAAAGUCAUAGAUAUAAUACACCUUCGAAACUCGACGAUGAUGAACGAAGUGAAGGUGAAUUAGACUCAUCGUUGAGUGACAAUGAUGAUGACGAUCGUGACAAUGAUAUUCCUCUCAAAGCCAUUCCUCAACCUCAACACAUAAGUCAAUCAUGGAGUAAAAUGUUAACUGAUGAAAAUCUUUCUUCCAUUAUGUCAAAUGCAUUAGCUGAUAAUUCUGAAAUAAUUCAUAUUGAUGAUCCAAUAGCGCAACAAAGUACUAAUCCAUUAACAUAUGUUUUUCCACCUGGAACAAAUGUUGAUCAAUAUUUUCGAAAGAAAAAGAAACAAAAUGAAGCAAAUUCGAAACGUAAACCAAAUCGACGCGAUUUAAAAAAUCUGUCGCGAUUAUUAAAUAAUGAAAAAAAUGACGAACUUCUAAGUGCUAUACUCGAUAUAGUCGGUUGUCGACGUGCAUUUCAAUAUGCUCAUGAAGCUGUUCGAUUGUUUAAUACCAAUGAUGAGACAAUAAAAAAGUCUGAUAAUGGACAAAUACGAACGUUAGGUGGAGUUUAUUUUAAAAUGUUUAUUAAAGAUAUCGAUAAUGAUUUUCUCAGUGAAAGCGAACGCGACCAAAUUAAAAAACGGAAUCAAGAAAUACAAAAACUUAAAAAGAAGAAAAAACCAAAGAAGAAAAAAACCCAAAACAAAACUAUUGAUUUUCGUCUUAACAUUUCCAUGCAUUCAAUCAAUUAUAUUAUUAUUUGUUUUGUUCUUGGUUUUUAUUAUCUAUCAGCUAAUCAAAAUGAUUUCAAUCCGUAUGAUGUUCUCGGCGUGUCUCGUACCGCAUCAGAUAAAGAAAUUCGACAAGCAUACAAAAAACUAGCUAAACAUUGGCAUCCAGAUAAAAAUUCCGAACCAAAUGCUAAUGAUAAAUUUACAAAAAUAAACGCUGCUUACGAGAUUUUAUCGGAUUCGACUAAACGUCAACAGUACGAUGAACAUGGCACAACAUCACAAGAUAAUCAUCAGGGUUUUAGUAAUCACCCUUUUCAAGACCCAUUUGAUAUAUUUCGAUCACAUUUUUUCCACGAAGCAUCAUCCGGUGCAAAGAAAGUUAUCCAUGCUCAUGAAUUUCUUGCCAAUAUUUUACCGAAUAGUGAUAAAAAACCUUAUUUAAUCUUUGGUAGUACUAAUUUUUGUUUCAAUUGUCGACAAGCAUUACAAACGUUUCGAGCGUUAGAAAAACAACUUAACGAUGUUGGCAUUGGCACUGGUGAAUUUAACGCAAAUGAUGACCGUAUAACUCGUCAAUUGGGUGUAUUGGAUGUGCCAGCUUUAUGUGUAAUAAGUCAAGGUCGUGUUUAUCAUUUUGAUGGUCUGCAUUUUACAGAAUCAAAUAUAAAAGAAUUCGUACGAAAAUCAAUACCAAUAAAACGAUAUAUUCCAACAUUAGAAAAUUAUGAUGACGUAUUAAGAAUGAUUACAUCCUAUAAUAAAUCCAAUCGAGUGCAUGCUUUAUUAAUAACCAAGCAAAAAAUACCUACACUUAAAUUUGUUCUACCAUGUUUGCAAUAUUCGGCAAGAAUACAAUGUGCUUCAUUUAAUUCCUCUCUGAUUAAAAAUAUUCCAUUGUCAUCAUUUCUUAAACAAGUUUCCACAAUAUCAGAUACUGUGUUAUUGUUUAAAGAAGAUAGUAAAAAACCUGAAUUUAUACUAAAAGAUAAUGGAUUAACUUUUGAUAAUAUUAUAAAGACGUUUGAAUCAAAUCAACUUUUACAUCUCCCGACAAUUACAAGUGCGAAUGUAUUUCAUCUUGCGUGUCAAUCAAAUUCUAAUAAGCCUUGCUUUUUAAUCAUUGGUGAUUCAACAUUAUUUGCUCAAUAUCGAUUAUCAUUGUUGCAUCUUUCUAAACAAGUAUAUGAAGAAUAUAAUUCUCAUAUAGCCUAUCUGGAUUCAUCAUCUACGCAACAAGCAGCCUUUCAGGAGAUCGUCUCACCAUAUUAUCAGAAGCAUGAGAAGAAACUGGUUAUUCUGGCUGCUCGUCGGUGGCUUCAAGAUUCAAUUGAAAUACAAAACACAAAUAUUGAAUUCGAUAAACAAUCUUUAAUUGAGAUCGAACGAGAUAUGAUUUCUAUUAAGGAAAACUUUAAACUAUUUGUCAGCAAUCGUUGGCCACAGAGCAAAAAAUAUAAACUACCAGUGCUAUUUGAUUUCGACGAUAGGAGACAAGACAUUCUCACAAGAACUAUGGAUCAAGUGAAAAAUAAAUGGAAUUAUUGGAUUGAGCGCAAUCAAAUACCGCGAUAUUUAUCGGGAUAUUUAUAUACGUAUCAAUUUUGGAUUAUAACUCUACUUCUCUGUCUUUAUAUGUAUUAUUCACGACUAGAGCCCGAGGUCGUAAAUCAAAAGCCAAAACAAUCUCAUAACAUAGACCCGGGAAAAAUCUAUAAAUUUAAUGAAUCUCUUCUUCAACGCUACACAAAUCCGGGUGCAUCAAAUGUUAUUAUAAUACUUCUUAUUGCGGACACACCAGAAGAUUCAUGCAUUAAAGGUUUUACCCAAGAAAUUAAUUCACUUAAAGAGUCUCGCAUGAUUUUUUCUGUUCUUUAUCGCAAACAAGCAUCGACAUGGCUUAAUGAACUUUCAAAUAAAAUUCAAGAUAAUCAAAAUAAACAAUCGAAUCGAUUUUUUCCAUCAACUGUUCUUGCUUUGUAUAUAAAACGAAAAUAUUUUGUUUCGUUUGGACCAAUAUGCAAUAAUAAUAAUAAUACUAAUGAUCAACAAUCAGACGAAAAAUUGACAUUUUCGGCUUGGAUUGAUCUUUUAUUUGAUGGAACUAUUCGAGACCCGAUUACUGUAACAGAGUGGCCGAUAAAAUUUCAUUAA